UCACAAAAAGGGGAGAUAGGAAUAGUACUAGUGGCUAGUUGGUUUGAGCCCUAUUCCAAAAUGAAGAAAGAUUUAGAAGCAGCUCAACGAGCCAUUGACUUCUCCAUUGGAUGGUUUAUGCAUCCAUUAACAUAUGGUGAUUAUCCAGAAAGAAUGUGCAAAAUCGUAGGAAAUCGUUUACCAAAAUUCACAACCGAGCAAGCUGAGAUAGUGAAGGGAUCCUGUGAUUUCAUGGGACUAAAUUACUACACAUCAUUUUAUGUAGCAGAUAAUAUAUUUACUCCAAGUAAAGAGAACAUUAGCUACUCAACAGAUUACCAAGUAAAUCAAACAGUGGAAAGAAAUGGAGAGCUCAUCGGUGAACCGGCACGUCUUCAUUCUUUUUCAUGAUAAAGAAAUUGCCAUAUAUUUUAUUUAAUGGUUUAAUAAUAUUACGUUUGUCUUUUUCUUUUUCCUCUUCAUCUUGGGAUGUAGACAGGAUCGGCCUUUUUUUUUGUUGUCCCAAGAGGACUUUUAGAAGUUCUUGUCUACACAAAAGAAAAGUAUAACAAUCCAAAGAUUUACAUAACAGAGAACGGUAUGAUAAGAAAUUAAUUUUCACAACUGUCUUAACUAAAUUAAUUUUGCCGGAUUAUUUUAGUAGAAAUUGAAAUGUUAUUUGUUUAAUUAUCAAUAGGGAUGAGUGAUGGCAAUGUAAGAAUGGUUCAAGAAGGAAUCAAAGACUUUCAAAGGGUGGAUUUCCUACGUCGCCAUCUCAUGGCCCUCAACACAGCCAUUAAGAGAGGUGUGGACGUCAAGGGCUAUUUUGCAUGGUCGUUUCUGGAUAAUUUCGAAUGGACCUCAGGAUACACUCAAAAAUUUGGCCUUAAUUAUGUUGAUUAUAAGGACAAUCUAAAGAGAUAUCCCAAACGCUCUGCUCUUUGGCUGAAGAAAUUCCUCCUUAAAUAGAGACAGUCCGAAUUUCUUGCUAAGGCCUAUUUCAAACGAUGAA